AUGAACGGCUCCACCUCGCAGUCGCAGUCGCAGUCGCAGUCGCAUCACUGCGAGCAUUCCAGCGCCGCCGAUGCUGCGCGCAUGCAAAUCGGCAGCCAGGCAGGCGCAGCCGGAGAGGGGAGGGCACGAGAUGCGCGCAUGGAGCCGUCCCGUCUGGCCGUGCAGUGCGCGGUGGCUGCACGGUACCUAGGAGUAGUGGUGCCAUCCAUCGUCACUUUAGCCAAACCCAGCACUGGCGCCCGCGCCGCCACGAGGCGCCCAACCGGCGAGAGCGCCGAGAAAAGCAAACUCUGCCCACUGCCCGUCCACUGCCCAUCCACUGCCCGCCGCCUGCCCUUGUCUUGA